AUGACAGAAUCUACGCCGUUCUAUGUUGACCGAGCUAAGGUUGGACGAGCAUCUUGUAAAGGAUGCAAGGCUCACUGCGAGAGCGGACAGUUACGUAUAGCAAAAUUGGUGGCUAGUCCAUAUGGCGAAAACCAACAAAUGAAGUCGUGGCACCAUGUAAAUUGUUUGAUGAACGUCUUAUUAAAACAACGACCUACCACGAAACGGAUAGAUUCCAUCGAUGAUAUUGGAAACUGGGAUAAUAUAAGUAAGGAGGACCAAGAAUAUAUACUUAAGGAAAUUAAUCAGAUGGAAAAGAUAUAUGCAGAUAAGUAUAAUGGAAAAUAUACAGCUAAAGUCAUAAAAAAUGAACAUACUCAAACAGAAAUUAAGUCCCCUAAUGUUUCUUUGAAUGAUGAAAUAAAAGUGGAGACGGAAGAUGAUAAAUUCUCAACAUUCUUUACUUUAUGUAAGAAAAUAUCCAAAGUUGAUGCCUACACUGAAAAAACCGCUGUAGUUAACAAUUUUUUUACCAAUGGUUGCAAUGGUAAAAAGUUUAAUGGAGAUCUUGUCUUAUGGUGUAAGUUCCUUUUGCCUCAAGUAUCCAAGAGAAUUUAUAAUUUGAAAAGUAAACAGCUAGUUAAAUUAUUUGCUAGAAUAUUCAAUACCGAUCAUGAUGAUAUGCUCACACAUUUAGAAAAUGGUGAUGUAGCUGAUACAUUACAACACUUUUUUAAAAAAUCAAACACAUACAAACCAGCAACAGAAAGUUCUUUAACAUUACAAACUGUUGAUGACUUCCUUCAUGAACUUUCAAAAUUGACAAAAGAAGACGAACAAAUAUAUCACUUUAAAAAAAUAAUAAAAAAGUGUACUGUGGAUGAUCUCAAAAUGCUUAUACGGUUGAUAAAAGGUGAUCUGAGGAUAAACGCUGGACCAAAACAUAUACUUGAAGGCGUCCACCCUGAUGCAUAUAGCGUUUUUCAAACAUCCAGGGAUUUGGAUAUGGUUUUAGAAAGAGUCUUACCACAAAGCAGUGAAGUCAAACAUAAAGAUGCAAUACAUAAAAAUGUUCAGGCAAAACUUAGUAUUAUGACACCAGUACUACCAAUGUUAGCAGAAGCGUGUAAAUCUGUUGAAAUGGCAAUGAAAAAGUGUCCCAAUGGAAUGUUCUCUGAAAUAAAGUAUGACGGAGAAAGAGUACAAGUACAUAAAAAAGGAAAUGAAUUUAAAUAUUUCUCAAGAGCUCUAAAGCCUGUAAUGGCUCAUAAAGUCAGUCAUUUCAAGGAUUACUUGCCUCAAGCGUUUCCUAAAGGGGUUGAUUUAAUAUUGGAUGCCGAGGUCUUAAUGGUAGACUUAAAAACAGGCAAGCCUUUACCUUUCGGUACUUUGGGCAUACAUAAACAGUCUGAAUUCAAAGAUGCUGGAGUGUGCUUAUAUAUUUUCGAUUGCCUAUAUUACAAUGGCGAAAUUUUAAUAGAUAUGCCAAUAAAAAAGAGACGCCAAAUAUUGCAUGACAAUAUGGUUGAAAUCAAAAACCAUGUGAUGUUCUCAGAGCAGGAACUGAUUUAUAAACCAUCUGAUCUAGCCAAUAUGAUUGCUAAGGUAUUACAGCUGGGUUUGGAAGGUCUAGUUCUUAAAGACUUGGAAUCCACAUAUGAUCCUGGAAAGAGACAUUGGUUGAAAGUUAAAAAGGAUUAUCUGUUUGAUGGAGCUAUGGCAGAUACAGCUGAUCUGAUUGUUUUAGGAGCUUGGUUUGGUACUGGAAAGAAAGGUGGUAUGAUGUCAGUAUUUCUAAUGGGAUGUUUGGACAAAUUUAGAAACAAAUGGGUAACUGUUACCAAAGUGCACACUGGUCAUGAUGAUAGUACAUUAGAAAGAUUACAAAAAGAAUUAAGUCCUUUAAUGGUAAAAAUAUCUCAAGACUCAAAUAAAGUACCUAAUUGGUUGGACUGUAAGAAGGGAAUGAUUCCAGAUUUUGUUGCUGUAGAUCCUAAGAAGCAACCUGUUUGGGAAAUUACUGGAACUGAGUUGACAAAAGCUAACUUACAUACAGCCGAUGGUAUAUCUGUUAGAUUUCCAAGAGUAACGCGUAUAAGGGAUGACAAAAAUUGGGAAACUGCAACAAAUUUAGAAGAACUAAAACAUUUAUAUAAAACCUCAAAAGAGAAAACUGAUGUCAGUCUUUUAAAUAAACUAGCAGCCACCGCAGAUGACUAUGUACCACCUGAGAAAAAACCAAAACCAAGUCCUAAGAAAGCUAAAAACAAAACAAGUCCAGUAUCAAAUACUUUAGAGAAAUGUUUUGCAAAAUAUACACAAAAAAAAGAAAAGUCCCCAGUUAAUGAGCACAACACGAAAAAUAAUGCUGAUGAUGAUUCAGACAAAACAGACAUAGAAGAUACAAGCUCUAUUAAAGAAGAUAUCAAACCUAAAUUAUUUCCUGACAAUCCUUUACCAGAUGUCUUUUUAAACAAGCGGCUUGGGUUCUAUCCAGAUUUUAUAAGCAUUCCAGAAAAGGAGAGGUUUCAUUUUGAAAGACAUUGGAUAGCUUACGGUGGCAUUGUAAAUAAAUCCUUAAAAAACAUAGAUGUUGAUUAUGUUGUACAUAAUAAUAAUAAAAUCGAAUUUGGUAAAAUGGUGAAAUUAAAGAGAAGAUUACCACCAGAUGUCAGACAUGUUACUAAAAGUUGGUUGAUAAAAUGUAUAAAUUGGGUUAAAUUAUGUGAUACUAAGAAUUAUACUGUCAUAGUAGAACCGUUGCAAUAA